AUGGCUACAUUUUGGGUCUAUGAUUAUGCAUGUUCACUUCAUGAAGAGUGGACAUUUUUGCUUCAAUCGCACUGGAGCAAGGUAAAAGGCUUGUAUAUCGCCACACGAUACCUCCCCUUUAUUAUUCUCACUACGAGUCUAUAUCUGGGCUUUACCCCGGGUGGGAAUCCAGGCAAAUGCCGAGUGUUUUACAAUAUUAACACGGGUUUUUUCAUCAUCAGAACAUAUGUGCUCUGGAACAAUAAUAGAAUCUUACUAACAACCAUGCUGUCCAUCUUUUUCAUGCGACUAGCGCGAUCCCGAGCAUCACAGGGUGCUACCAGAGCUCAACUAGUUUCCAGCUCUUCAUACCAUUUCUUCUCCUUUUCGCGUUCGAACUGGGUGGGUAACCAGGAGCACAUGUGUAGCUGGCGGAUAAGCCCAACCCGUCUGUACGUUGCCCUGGUGAAACAUAACAUAUUCUAUUAUAUUUGUGGUUUUUUGUUCUCGGUGAUGAAUAUAUUCGCAUCGAUGCUCCUCCAUUUCGUGAUCCUCGCAGUCCUCGCCACGCGCAUGCACCUCCAUCUCUGGCAGAUCAGCCAACGUGCGCACGGCUCUGGCGCCCUUGUGUAUAUUCCAAUGUCCGACUUGUCAUCUGUCAAUUCUACGGCGUGA